CGGCAAAUCCCGCAAAUCUGCUCGAACUCAGGCAUGGAGUUAGUGGAGAGGGCAGCGCCAAGAUGGCUGCCUUGCUAAGGUGCUUGUGUAGUACCGCUGUGCGUCGUCGCGCUGUCGGAGUCGUUCCGCAGUCUCGCCCGAUGGUGUAAGCAUAGCCGCGGGGGUGAUACGGGGGCACGAACCCAGUGUUUCGCCCCCCAGCCCCCUACCCCCGCCUGAUGCAAGCCAAAAAGCGAUACCUGCUCCUUCUGCUGUGUGUGUCGGCAUUACUCUGUGUCUGCUGCUUCGUCGUCGUCGUUCCUCAUGCCUCCGCUUACGACAGGACAGUUCUACCGCCGUACGCAACUUCACCAGAUGAAGAGGACUUGUGUACGUCGCGUCGGCGCGAACGGGAACGUCUUCGGACAAACCCCAACGCGCGCAUGUGUCGCAUGGACUCGUGCUUCGACUUCAGUCGCUGCCGCGAGUUCAAAGUGUACGUGUAUCCGUCGGAGCCAACUUCGAAUGCGUCACCAGCUUUUCAAAGAAUUUUGAGUGCAAUUCGGGAGUCUUCUUAUUUUACCGCUGACCCCAACGAAGCUUGCGUCCUCGUUCCUUCAGUUGACACACUAGACCGCGACCCACUAAGUUUUGACUUCGAAAAAGAUGUUCGACUUUCCGAGUCGCCGCUCUGGAACGGUGGACGGAACCAUGUGCUAUUCAAUCUCUUCUCUGGCACAUGGCCUGACUACACGGAAGAUCUGGGUUUCGACUCGGGCUUGGCCAUCGUGGCCAAAAGCAGUGUCCCGGAACGUUGGUUGCGGCCGGGGUUUGACAUCUCACUGCCGUUGUUCCCGAGGUCUCACCCCAAGCGCGGCGGGGUUCGAGCCGUGAACGGUGGACCGUUAGAGAAAGGCUAUCUUUUGGUGUUUAAAGGAAAACGUUAUGUGUACGGCAUCGGGUCGGAGACACGUAAUGCCCUGCAUCAUCUGAACAACGGUCGUGAUGUGUUGCUUCUGACCACAUGUCGGCACGGAAAACAGUGGAAAGAGCGCAAGGAUGCGAGAUGCGAGGUGGACAACAAGAUGUACGACAGGUACGAAUAUGGGUCGUUGAUGGAAAACUCCACUUUCUGCCUGGUGCCCCGCGGUCGCCGGCUCGGUUCUUUUCGUUUUUUGGAGGCGCUGCAAGCGGGCUGCGUUCCAGUCGUCUUGGCCAAUGGUUGGGAGCUGCCUUUCUCAGAAGUCAUAGACUGGUCACGGGCCGCUCUGCGAGCAGACGAGAGACUGCUGUUACAGGUCCCGGAUGUUCUCCGAUCCUUGUCUCGUAGACACGUGCAUCAGCUAAAGCAGCAGAGUCAGCUCUUGUGGGAAACCUACUUCUCGUCUGUCGACAAGAUCGCGCUCACGGUCAUUGAGAUCCUACGUGAGCGAGUUCAGACUUGGCAAGCCCAACAUUCCAUCGUCUGGAACAGCUUCCCGGGGGCGCUGACGAUGCUUCCUUCGUUUGCCGAUACCCUUCGUCCGUACCCUUUCCACCGGCAUAGGCCACUCUUGGAACCCACGUCCGAGCCAUGGGGCUCGUCCCUGCAGUCUGGGCUGCGAAAGAAAUUCACAGCUGUCAUCUAUGCAGCUCUGCCCACCCUCCAACCACUGCAACGUCUGCUGAAGAAUGUUCUACAUUCACAGUUCCUCGCUAGGGUGCUCGUUGUGUGGGGCAGUGAGUUACCUCCUCCUAUCCCCUCUAAGCUGAUAACUCCCGGAGCAAGUGGAGUCCCAGUCCACGUGGUGGUGCCUUUGCAGAAGACCAUCAGCGCCCGCUUUGCUCCUCAUCCAUUAAUAGAAACAGACGCAGUGCUGUCUCUCGAUGACGAUGUCACUCUUACCACUGAAGAGCUUGAUUUCGCCUUCCAAGUGUGGCGUUCCUUUCCUGAGCGUAUUGUGGGAUACCCAGCACGUUCCCAUUACUGGGAUGAUGCCAAGGCUGCCUGGGGUUACAGUUCCAAGUGGACAAAUGACUACUCCAUAGUUCUCACAGGGGCUGCAUUUUACCACAGGUAUUAUCACCACUUGUACAGUGAGUGGAUCAGUCCUGCCCUGAGACAGACUGUGGACACAGCUCACAACUGUGAGGACAUUCUGCUCAACUUUCUAGUCAGUCAUGUCACAAAGCUGCCCCCUAUAAAGGUGACACAACGUAAGCAGUAUCGCGAUGGUGCCCCUUCUCCGUGGAACGACCCGGACCACUUUGUGCAGCGUCAGGCGUGUAUCAACGCGUUUGCUGCACACUUUGGCUACGUGCCACUGGUGCGGUCGAGCGUUCGUCUCGACCCCGUGCUCUUCAGAGAUCCUGUUUCUAACCUACGCAAACGGUACAGGCGCAUUGAGAGAGUAGUCGGACCCAGGUAACGGCGGCCACACAUGGCAGUCCGUGGCAGCUCCCGAGAGAUCCUGCCGCAGGGCUUCCAGGUUCCAAAUGCAGAAUCACUCCAAAAGGUUUUGCAGGGCAGCCUUUGUUGAGUUGUUCAAAGUUGUAGUGACUGAGUUUCUUGCAUUUCUUUUUCUACACUUUGUUGAGCAUUUCCUAUACGUUGCCUCGCAGUUGCAUGUUAUAGUUUUUAGGUGCCAAGCUGCUUAGAUACCUUUUUUUCUUGCUUUUGCAAUGAUAGAAGCAAAUGGAGCUGUGCCAUGUACAUCGUGCUUGCAAGCGGCUAUCAUUGCCCCAGCACCAUUACACUCAUUUUAUUGUGUUACUGUUACGUUGUCGGUCCGUUUACUUACGCAAAGCUUAAUAUUCAUGUAUUCUGAGUUAACUCAUAUUAAUAUUUUAAAUGUCCUUUGACAUGUUUUUGCCCCUGCUGCUUUCUGUAAGCUCCCUCCAGCUUGUGUUGGCUAACCUCUCUGCUUUCCGAUAGCUUUUAUUGGCUCCUGUUUACUUUCUAUCAGUUUUAUUUAACCGUUUCAAUGGUUCACUGUCAGCUGUCUGAACCAUAUCCAAGACUUCCACCUGCUCUUGAAUGGUGCCUUACAGCAAGGAAACAUGAUGUCAUCUCUGGGUUCUUUAACCACAUCAGCUGUUGAGAAGUGCAACAUUCUACAAAGGCGACAAGUUCAACAAGUUGAAACAAAAACAUAUCUGAUGAACGUUGUUACGCAUUGUGCCGCUGUUGUAUACAUCUUGCUAUGGUUUUACUAUUUGUUCCUUGCAAGAAAAAUGCUGGCUAUUGGCAUUUUGGUGCAAGUUAUUUCGCACCUCUCCCGCAGCUUUUAUCCGUGCACUUUCAUGGAACGCCGAUACGUUUUAAACGAAAUUAGAUUCAUGUAUGUUCGCUUCCUGUGUUGCCCAUUCGAAAGCAUUCUGCUGGAAAAGCAACCUUGCAAUAACCCACACAGGGAGGGCAAAGAAACUGUGCUGCUCUAAUUGCGUGUCUGCCUUCAGGCCUGCCCUCUCGUUGACGCUCUAGGUUGUCCCGUUAUUAGUCGACAAGGCUAUUUAUUUUUGUUUAUCCAGUUUUGUUGAAAGCUUUCUAGGUUUUGUGGGUGUAAUAGCACGAUGACGUCCAUUUCUAUACAUACAUGUUACAGUCUUAUAGAACUGUCACUCAUGCUCACGGCACUCCUUUCUGUGGGUCUUUUUGUUCGCGAUUACUUUUUUAUGCUGUAAAUUGUUCUCUUUUUCUUGUUGGUUUCAUUCCAGUUAACUUUGAAAUCAUAGCCUCGUAUGUUUUUCGCAUGAUAUCCAUACUGCAAACGCUUGUUACCAUGCGAUGGGGACUCAAACCGCCAAGAACUUUGGUUCUUUUUAGUUAAAACUGGGCCAUUUUAGUGCUCUCCACAUAUUCUAUACUCAGCGACCACAAAUUGUCCGUACAUUAUUUUUCCUUGGUGAGUCGACUGCCACUAAACUCAGCAUUACAUAUCAAUCAAAUAUAAGGCACUACACUAUCACAGUUGAAUACAGUGAAACCUCCCUACGUCGGACACUCACGGUGCAGCCAAAACUCGUCCCAAUUAGAGAGGUGCCAGAGGUAGUGAAUCGAGUGUGAAAACAAACAAAGGACAUGUCAUGUCACCACAAUAUGCAUGCUUAUUGAACUUACUGCAGAUAUUCGUGUCAAAUGGAACAAUUUUUAUACUAAAAAAGCAAAAAAUUCAUAUUUUGUAUUGUAUGUGUCAAGGUCCAGUUUCAACUUAGAAAUCGUGACUUCACCUUAUACUUGUUGAAAUGACUGGUAUGCAUAUUCCUCAAAAACACAGCUUAUUACCGUUACAGUACCAGUCAGUCUCACCCCAGUCUGCCUGUCCAAAACCUCUUUCUCUUCCUCGGCCAUCAAUUCCACAUCCUUUCUAUACGGCAUUGCAGUGCAGAUUAUUGUACAACCUUCUCAAGGGCAUUGGUAGCAGUGCAAAGGCUCUAAGCAAACUGAACACAAGUGGUAACAACAAAACAGGGUAACGACCUAGAUUGACAAGAGUACACUAGCUCCCUUCGAAAAAUGCCUGCAGAACAUCCCAGAGAGAGAAAAAAGCGGAGGUCACAAGAAGAUUGACCCAUCUUGGAACUUUUCAGCAGGUGAGACGUAGCAAAAAUAAUACUAAGAUUAAGAAAGUCAAGGUCACAUUUUUGUCCAACGUAGUCCUGAAAACCCUGUCCUACUUCCGAGAUAAGGGAGUGUCCGACAUAGGGAAUUCGCCCCCCAGGUUUUUUCAAUAGGAUACAGCUGGUGCGACGACGUCUUGUACAAAGUAGAGAGGUGUUUGACUUUGGAGGUUUCGCUGUACUUUAUGUGUAUUUAAUGUUCCCUGAAAACUGCAACAAAAGUGACAAAGUAAUCUUGUGUCUCCAAUUGUUCCUUCUGUUUUGGGUCCACAUUUACUGUUUGUUUCGAUUGGUUUUUGUCUUUCGUCUCAACUACAGGUGACCUAUCGAGAUGCACACUUUCUACGUAUCCUGCUGAUAAAAGAUAUUGCAGUGAAGACAUUUUUAUACUGCUGGUAAUGGUGAUUCACCUAGAUGGCUUUUCUACUUGUAUAACUUUCCAACUUUCCUAAGUAGUAUGUGUGUAGAGUUGUGCGAAGGAAUAUCCUUUCUUUUUUUUUUUUUUGUCUAUGUAGACUAUAUUUAGACAAUCCAAGAACACAUUGGGCUUUCAGUGCCAAUCUUGGCACCUUUACGAGUGUUUACAUACAUGCCGUUACUGUGUAGAUUUGUCCAGGUUGUCUUUGGGUGUUAACUAAGAUCUGUCGUUUCUGUGAAAGAACUGCUAGGCCAUUUCACAUAGUUUAAACACUCAAAUUAAGCAAUAAGUGGCUUUCUUUGUUCCUGUUUUUUUUCCGUCUUCUCUGCAACCCAAGCCACUUGUAGGGUCCGAUACCAAAUCAGGAAUACGGAGAGUUGGUGUCAUUGUUACGCGACUGUCGUUUUAUUUUCUGAAGCCAAAGAGGCUGUUUUAUCCUAGAUUAUAUGUAGUACACUGGCUGUAUAUUGCAUUAGCGACCAAGGGGGGCAAUCUGCAGCCAGUAGAAGCAGGGUUGCUAUAUACUUGCAUGAUUUCUAGUUAGUUUGAGAGAUGUACACUGUUAUAAGUUUGAGCAUUUUAGCAAUGAAGUGAACCGAUAAUCAGUCCCAGCAAUAUUCGGUGGCAGUGCCAUGGGGAGGCGCAAGGAAGGGAGUGACAAAUCAGAUUAUUCUAGAGCCAUAUUUUUUUGGCAGUAGAGUUUAUCAUUUUAGUGAAAUUUGUAACACUGGGCAACUCUAUUGGUGCCCCCUUUCCGCGUAUCACCCGUUAGUCACCCAUUUGUAUAGCGCGUUAGAUUGUACAUGGAGCAUGAAGCUUAAUAUCUGCAGAGUUGUAAUAAAAUAAGAUUUUGUGCUGUA